UGCCCUGGGAAUGGAGAGCCUGAAAUCAGUUCUGGACAGGUUCAAACUAUGCCUAUUUGGGAGACUUGUCUCUAUGCGCAACACAAUCCUGGCGAAGAAGGUCUUCUUGUUCAGGCUAUACUCCUACGUCUUAGCAAGAACAAAUAGGAAGGCAAGAGGUCUAGUCAGUGAGUGCUUUGAAGUAGCAAGAGAAUAUGGCUUGGAAGGAUGGUUAGAAGAAUACUGGCUGACGACGAAUUUCCCUUCAGCAAGUGAAUGGAAGCAACUGGUGAAGACAACAAUACGAGCUAAAGAAAAUGAGAGGUGGCAGGCCACAGUGUCCUCUGAAAGCACAUGUCACAGGUUCUACAAAGUACAUCCAACAAGCGAGAAACCGCAUAAACUAUGGGUACUAGCAAGACAACAACCAGAGCACCAAAGAGAUCUAAAGAACCUAAUCCUCCUUAGUACUGUCCCAACCAAACACGACAGAAAGCCCUGCCCAACCUGUAUGUCGGACACAGAAGACCUAGUGGGCCACCUGUUCACCCGAUGUACAACAUUCAUACACCUGAGACAAGCCCUGGCAGAAGAACUAGUGAACUAUCUGGGAGUAAGGGUGAUGGCAAGAGUACACGAACAGCCAGAAGAGAGGUUUACAGAAAUUAUGUUGGGAGCGGAAGUAACAGAAGAAGAAGUGGACGCAGAAGUGUGGAGCGCCUUCAUUACAACAGCAGCCAAACUACUCCGCCCAUUGGCAACUAUGGCACUAAAACAUGCCACAUGGAAAGAAAGGUGAACAGUUGGAACGGAGAGAAGCAGAGAGAAGGCAGGGAAGAACUGGAGAGAAAACUGAGGAGAGA